UCUCUGAGCUUCCGUGCGGACCACAGCCCCUGGGCCUGGGCCCCGGUGGAGACCCCGGUCUCCCUCCGGAGCCUCCGUGUCUGGACUCCGCUGCCUCCCAGCCGCCGAUCCUCUUUCUCAGCCUCCGUACAGACCUUCCCCGAUCUUUUCUCUGAGUGGCUGGGGAGACCUCCAUCUUUCCCCCCCGAAUUCCUGCGGGUGUCCAGUCCUUCUCCUCUGAACCCCAGCCGGGACUGUUCAGCUCCUACGAAUGCUGGGCAAUCCCACGGCCUCUCUCGAGACUCACACAGAGUUCCGGCCUCGUCUUCUGCGCUCCCCUGGGGACACGGUUUUUCCUUUUCUGAACCCCAGAGGAUACACUCUUCUCAAACUCUGAGCCCUGCGGAACCCCGGCCACAUCUCCUCUUACGCGCACAGGGGGUGUCCGCUCCCCUUCCUGGGAACCCCGACCUCGGAGCCCUCGUGGGUGCUCAGGUCCCUUUCCUCCGGGAACGCAGUGUUCCCUUCGUGACUCUUCCCGGUGGAGACCCCGGAGCAGCCCCUCCGAGCUUCCUCGGGGACGCGGUUUUCCUUCCUCUGGCGCCCUCAGGCGCCCCGCGCGCGCAUGCAGGUCCUGUCUCGGAGCCGCGGGGCGAUCUCGCUUUCCCUCUGGGUGCGACGUGCUUUGCUGCGUUCUUGUGGCUCUCUGAACCUCGGGGGCUUUCCCAGCCUGGGGAUCUCGUUGUUUCUCUGCUCAGCCCCAGAGGCCAGGUUUCAGGGCGGACUCGGAUCUCAAAGAAUCUAGUGAACACUGAGCCCCUCACCCGCUUUACGACCCCAGACGGCUCCCCACUCGGCCUCCCGCUCGCUCUUCAAGACCCCUCCUCAGCCCUGCCUCCUUUGCACCUGCCCCGGACCCCACCGGCCAUAAGGAUGAUGAUGUGGUCCAACUUCUUCAUGCAAGAGGAGGACCGGCGGCGGGCGGCCGUGGGCCUGCGGAGGGCUCGCGGGCAGCAGCGGUCCGGGCUGACGCCGGAGCGUCAGGGGAAGAUCAAGCUGGCGCUGCUGGUGGCCACCGUGGGCGCCACGCUGUCAGUGCUGUCCGUGGGCACCGAGUUCUGGGUGGAACUCAACACCUACAAGGCCAACGGCAGUGCCGUGUGCGACGCUGCCCACAUGGGGCUGUGGAAGGUGUGCACCAAGAGACUGUGGCAGGCCGACGUGCCGGCGGGCAGAGAGACCUGCGGCCCCGCGGAGCUGCCCGGAGAAGCAAACUGCACCUACUUUAAAUUUUUCACCACGGGGGAGAAUGCAUGCAUCUUCCAGAGAACCACAAAGAAAGAGGUAAAUCUGGCAGCUGCGGUGAUAGCAGUGCUGGGCCUGGCAGUCAUGGCCUUGGGGUGCCUCUGUGUCAUCAUGGUGCUCAGUAAAGGUGCAGAGUUCCUGCUCCGUGUGGGAGCCAUCUGCUUUGGCCUCUCAGGCCUGCUGCUUUUCGUGAGCCUCGAGGUGUUCCGGCAUUCCGUGCAAGCCCUGCUCCAGAGAGUCAGCCCUGAGCCUCCCCCGGCCCCACCCCUGACCUACGAAUACUCCUGGUCUCUGGGCUGUGGCUUGGGGGCCGGCCUGGUCCUACUGCUGGGGGGAGGCUGCUUUCUGCUGCUCACUAUGCCUUCCUGGCCCUGGGGGUCACUCUGUCCCAAGCGGGUGCAACAGGUCACCUAGAGCCACCAGCGUGCUUUACUUAAGCAACUGCCAAACCCUUCUUUUUUCUCCAUUGUUCUUCACAAAAUCAUUUGCUCCAUCUUCCAGUGAAACUGUUCUCCCAGCUCCGGGACCCACGUUGUUUCCACAAACCUGCCUUUUUUUCCCUCAUCUUUUUCCUCUGUAAAUAUAUUUUUCCUGGCUGAAUUUGGGUCAGUUGGGGGUGGGAUGGGAAGAGGUUUU